CAGCAAACCUCUCAAACGUAUCUUUUUUGACUUAAGUCGCAACAGUGGCCAAGUCGAUUGGCCGUGGCCAGCGACCCUCCCUGUGGCUGAGGCGUUCUGAGGGAGGGGAGAGGGGCGCGCCAUGUUCUCUCCCUGCUCGGGCUGGGGGCUUGGCUGCCUCCGGCUCUGUCAGCUCAGAGUAUGGGCCGGCGUUGGGCGCUGGGCUUGUCGGGGUUGCCAGGGUCGGCCGUAUGGCUCAGGUGGGGGCGAGAGUCGGUGUGGGUCGGAGCCCGAGGUCCCUCCGUCUGGCCCGGCGCCCCGGACUCUGAAGGAAUGGACGCUGCUGGUGAGUCCGUUCGGUCGGCUGCGGGCGCAGCUCCCGUGCCACCUGGCCGUGAGGUCCCUGGACCCCCUCACCUACCCGGACGGCGACCGCGUUCUGGUCGCGGUGAGCGGCGUGGAGGGCGGGGCGCGGGGCCUGGACGGCCUGCAGGUGGAGUACGACGAGGUGCUGAAGGAGAUGGCCAUCGUGUCUGACACUAUCGAUCCCCGGGCGUUUGUGGAGGUGAACGCGCCCCUCAAGUUUGGCAAGUGGAAUUAAAAGGAUAUAAAGUCAUCAGGAUCUGGCUGUGUAAAAAUCCAAAAUAUUGAGUGUGAUAAUUGCAAAAUUGAAACUGAGCAGGGGACCAGCAUCUUACAGUCUGUGAAGAGUCAAAAAUUACAUGUUCAGACAAAAGGAGGCAAAGUGAUCUGUCUGGGAACAGUUCAUGGAAAUAUCGAUAUUCAUGCAUCAGAUACAAGUACUGUGACCAUAGAUAAACUACAGGGAAGUACUAUUAAUGUAUCUACUGAAGAUGGUUUGCUGAAAGCUGAGUAUCUUUAUACAGAAUCAUCAUUUCUAACUUCUGCUGCUGGGGAUAUUACAUUAGGAAGCAUUCAUG